AAUUUUUUUCAUGUUUAAUUAAGUCCUGGAUAUAUUUAAUAGCAAUGGGUUUUUUUUUGUCUUCUUCUCUCAUGUUACAGAUUACAACGAUCACAACUUAAUUUGGGCAUUUAACGUUUUGUGACUUACCGUCCGAAUGUAUUAGAAGCUAUAAAGGCUUUUUCAACCUGAAAUACUUAAUUGCAAUCCUAUUUGUAGGGAUGCUUGCGUUUCUUGCUGGGUUGAUGUGCUUUUUUGCGCUAGGGGGAGGGUCUGUGGCAGGUGGCCAGGAUACCAAAGGUACCCGCUUUGUGUGCACAUCCAUCCCCAAUGAUGCUGAUCCCAGCUGCCAUCUGCCACCUAUACCCAUGCAAAGCACGAGCCCUCAAGAAGACGACCUUAGGAACACCGUGAUGCAGCUCCGGGAAACUGUAUUGCAACAGAAAGAGACCAUCGUGAACCAAAGGGAGACUAUCAAGGAGCUUACAGGUAAACUGACCCGGUGUGAGUCCGCCUCUGAGAGCACCACGUUAGAUGCCAAGUACAACCAAGGGUCCUGGAGAAAGGACUUCAGUAAAACCAAUGGCAAAGACACCAUGGGAGAUCUUCCACGAAACCCGAGUGAGACCAUCGAUAAUAUCGGUCGGACAGUGCAAUCAUUAAAGGACAGGCUGGAGAAUUUAGAGCAACAACAGAUGCGAGCCAAUAUGUCUGGUGCAGUUUUUCCUAAUGAGCUUCGUGACCUUCUACAGAGAAGACUUGGCGACUUGGAAAAUCAACUUUUGAACAAAGUGUCUGAACUUGAGGAUGAGAAAUCCAUGUUGUACAAUGAGAGCUUAGCACAUCGCCACAGGACAGACACUGCCCUGAAUACACUGCUGGAACGAAUUACUGAAUUAGAAAAAGGUAACAGUGGAUUUAAGUCUCCUGAGGAUUUCAAGGUGUCCCUGCCCCUGCGCACAAACUAUAUUUAUGGGAGGAUCAAGAAGUCCCUACCAGAGAUGUAUGCCUUCACCGUCUGCAUGUGGCUGAAGUCCAGCGCCAGUCCUGGAAUUGGGACCCCAUUCUCCUAUGGGGUCCCUGGGCAAGCCAAUGAAAUUGUGUUGAUUGAGUGGGGAAAUAAUGCGAUAGAGCUGCUCAUUAAUGACAAGGUUGCCCAGCUCCCUCUAUCAGUCAGUGAUGGGAGGUGGCAUCACAUCUGUAUCACUUGGACAACCAGGGAUGGCCUUUGGGAGGCAUACCAGGACGGCGAAAAACUCGGCUCAGGGGAGAAUUUGGCCCCCUGGCACCCAAUUAAACCUGGAGGAGUUAUUAUCCUGGGUCAGGAACAGGACACUGUUGGAGGGAGGUUUGAUGCCACGCAAGCCUUUGUUGGUGAGAUGACUCAAUUUAACAUCUGGGACCGGGUCCUGAAAGCCCAGGAUAUCAUGAGCAUGGCAAAUUGCUCCUCCAACAUGCCCGGCAACGUCAUCCCCUGGGUCGACAACAAUGUAGAUGUGUUCGGAGGAGCGACAAAGUGGGCCUUGGAAAUGUGCGAGGAUCGACUGUACGACUCCUAACCGUGGAGACCAUCUUCCUUGAAGUUUGCCCCUGCAUGGAUUUCCCAAGAUCAAUUCCUGAAGUUUGGGAAAGGAAUGAGGCAAUGGGACUGUGGCGCGGUUGUGGUGUUAUAUUGCUCAAACCUCUACUGUGUGAUCAAAUACAGUUGUCCUUGGUUAACUCGACACCUCACGGGGAUGCCAUUUAGUGUUGGCUUAUCCAAGGUGUCACGUUAACCAUGGGUGCACAUGAGCCAUGGCAUUGACAUGCAUAUAAUUGUCAGAACUCACAUGUUUACAGUAUUACAAUAUGUACAAGUUUAUUUUGUUAAAUGUUCUUAUGAAAAGAACUGCAGUGAAUGAA